AUGGCCGACCUCGACACCACCGACCUCAAUGCGCAAAUAGCAAGACUUCAGGAAGAGCGCGCCAAGCGUAUGGCGAAGGCCGAGGCGGAGCAGCGGCGUGCUGAGGCGUCCGCGGCCAAGGUCCUGAUCGGCGCGACGCCAACGAAGGCCCCGAAGAAUGACCACGUCGACCUCCUGCAGGCGCCUAAGAAGUCGACUGUGCUGGAGAGGCUCGCCGCGCGCAAGGCCAUGUCCGACAAGCUCCCAUCGCUUCCCUCUGUGGAGCGCAGCACAUCGUUCAAGGACCGAGUAGCGUCGCGUGAGGGAUCAAGAUCUGCUACGCCCGUGGGCGCCCCGUCCAAGUCCAUCAGCCCCGGCGGCGAUGACCUCGAGAUUGUGCGCACGGGGACGGAGCGAGCCGAAGACCUCACGCUCGACCAUGAACUCGAACUUGGGCCGCGCGAGUUUGGAAAGGACCCCGAGGGCGAAGAAGUCUGGCGUGCCCUGGAACCCAACUCCGGCAUCCGCCUGUCGAAACGUGUGCUCCCGCACGAGGACGUGCAGGAUCUGAUCCGCGGCCGAUUCUUCCUGCGCCCGCCCCAGGUCUACUCUAUCGCACGCCUGUCGCGAGACGGUGCGACUUAUGACAUUCCGGUCGAGGGUGACUGGGUCACCAUCGCUGUCGUCGCAGAACGUGGCGACAUCCGCGUCAGCGGAACGCGCAACGUAAAGAGCGACGACGAGGACGAUGAUGACGACGGCAGUGACGGAGAUGGCCGACAACCGCAACAUCAGAAGCGGAAGAAGCAAGGCAAGCAGGGGAAGGAGAACAAGAAGAGAAAGCCUCGCAAGUACAUCAACCUGAAGCUUGUCGCCCUCCCUCCUCGCAAUAAGACCCUCGGAUCAAACACCAUUUCCGGCGAUGCGCACCUUCAGUUACUGCUGUUCGAAUCCGAUAGCAUUGUCAACGGAACGGACGACGAGGGCAAUGAGACAAGGAGCUAUCGCGGGGGCUCGGGCGGUGCUUACGAGAAAUGGUGCAACCUCGGUGUUGGAAGCGUAAUCGCGCUCCUGAACCCGCGAGUUCUCCGCCCACUCAAAGCCGGCGGCACCCCACACCCCUUGACCCUGCCUCUAGCGCUGAAUCCCGCAUCCGCCGACUGCAUCAGCUACAUCGGGCAAGCGAUGGACAUGGGCCGCUGCACUGCUAACCAGAGAGACGGGUCUCGGUGCCGUACGUGGAUCGACCUGCGCCUCGGUCAGGUGUGCGAGUACCAUAUACAUGCCGCGGUGAAGCGGGGUCGGAGUGGGCGCGGCGCGCUAGCGGGUGCCACGACGGCUUUCGAGCUCACGGAUCGACCGAUGAUGGGCCGCCGCGGUGGAUUCGGCAACGCCAAUUUGGACAAGUACGACCCGUCUCGUAAGACGGGACUGCUUCCGAGGGACGGCGCGCGAGCCGCCCCAAGAGGAGCCGAGAACGGCGGCGGUGGUGCCACAUACAUUGUCGGCAGCGGUGUCGCCCGAAUCGGCAGGACAGACGGCGCGCUUGCCCCAAUUGGCGACCCCGACCUCGCGAACAAGCUUGGCCGCAACACGGCUAUGAAGCGCAAGCGCAAGAUGGAAGUGGCAGAGGCAGAGGCUGCCCUAUCGCGGAUGUUCGAGAAGAACGGCGACGGCACCAGCGCAGGUGCCAAGUACCUGCAAGCAUUGGGCAAAGCGCCGACAAACGAGAAGGAGCCCGGCUGGGAGGAGAAGACCAAGCGCGUCUACUCUGCGCAGGCGAUCAAGAACAUUGGCUUCGACCCAACCGGCAGAAGAAAUGAGAACGCCGAAAAGAGGCUCGCAUCGCUUGCAUCUCUUCGAGGUGCUUCCAACCCGAAAAUUGGUCGUGGACCGGGGCCAAAAAGGCUGUCCAACGUUGUCGUUCCUGUCCAAGCGCAAGCAGCACCGAAGGCACCCAGGCAGGAUGACGAGGAGGACAUGAUAGACCUAGACUAA